AUGUCUCUAGAGAAGAUCUUCAAGCGUUUUGACGAGAACAAUGAUGGUACACUUUCAUUGGGUGAGUUUUCUGAUGCCGUUCUUAAAUAUUUUCCUGGAUUUUCUCAAGAGGAUAUCGAAAGACGAUUUAAAGAAAUUGAUAUUAAUGGUAAUGGCCAAAUCAAUGCCAAUGAGUUUGUUUCGUGGUUUGAGAAGAUAUUGAAGAUAUCGUUUGAUGUAUGUGACGUUGAUGGUGACGGAAAGGUAACGGCCAGAGAGUUGCAUUUGGUGAUGAAGACUAUUAUCGGAAAACCACACACCAAGGAAGUCUGUGCCGAGCAGAUUCGAAUUGCUGAUACAGAUAGUGAUGGUUGUUUGAAUUAUGAAGAGUUUAAGGCUUUGUUGUUUAGUGACUUCUAA